AUGAAGUAUACUAAACAUAAUUUUAUGAUGUCAGUUCUUGGCAUUAUAAUCCUUAUAAGUGAUUUAAUUGUGGACAUAUGGGCAUCUGUAAGAUUUUUUGAUGAAGGACAAUAUGUUUUUGGUGUUUUAACAUUGAGCAUAAUGCUCCUUGGCACACUUGUGGUCCAUUGUUUUAGUUAUUCUUGGUUGAAGGCUGAUUUAAAGAAAGCAGGCCAAGAAAAUCAGCAUUAUUUUCUUCUACUUCAUUGCUUGCAAGGAGAAGUUUUUAUAAAUAAAUGUUCAUAUUUACUUUACAGGUAUUGGUUUGCCUUGAAAAAAGGUUACUAUGUAGCUUUCAACUAUAGCAGCAAAACUAAUAACUUCAUGGAAGAACAAAUUGAUCCACAUAAAGAAGUUAUAGAUAGAGUGACUGAUUUGAGCAUGCUCAGGCUAUUUGAGACCUACCUGGAAGGUUGCCCCCAACUUGUUCUUCAGCUCUACGUCCUUCUGGAGCAUGGUCAAGUGAAUUUCUAUCAGUAUGCUGCCAUCACGGUCUCUUGCUGUGCUAUUUCUUGGUCAACUGUUGGUUAUCAAAUAGCUUAAAGAAAAUCCUUGCCUGAUAAAAAUCUCCUUAAUGGACUCUGUCCAAAAGUCACAUAUCUCUUUUACAAGUUAUUUACCUUAUUAUCUUGGAUGCUGAGUGUUGUACUUCUGCUAUUCUUGAAUGUUAUGAUUGCUUUAAUUCUGCUGUUAUUUCUUUGGUUUUUAGGUAUAAUAUGGGCAUUUAAAAAGCAAACUCAGUUUUGUACUUCUAUUAGUAUAUAAUUCUUAUACAGAAUUGUUGUUGGAUUCAUUCUUAUCUUUACAUAUUUUAAUAUUAAGAGACAGAAUACCAAAUGUCCAAUGUCUUGUUAUUAUAUUGUAAGGGUACUGGCCACAGUGGGCAUGUUGAUUGUGUUCUGGGUUUUCCCACUGUCUAUUUUUAAUUCAGACUAUUUUAUAGGUAUCAGUAUCACUGUAGUUUCUACUCUUCUCCUCGGAAUUAUUUUUCUUAUUGUUUAUUAUGGGACUUUUCACCCAAACAGAAGUGAAGCAAGAAGAUGUGAUGAAAUUGAUAGAAAAUCAGUUCAAAGAGAUUGUAGAAUGAGGUAUUUCUUACUGGAAUAA